AUGAAAAUACAAAAUCCAGUGUUCCAAAAACUUUUCGACGCCGGUCCGGUAACAAGUCUAUAUUUUCACAGCGACACAAUACUAUUUGCUGGUCAAGGUCCUUAUCUAAAGGCCUUUUUUAUUCCGACCGGGGAGCUUUUAGCCAGUAGCUUGGCUCUGGAAUAUUGGCGGAUACAUAGAAUUGUACCAGCUAAAAAUAUAGAAUUAAAUGAAAGUAUUGUUGAAAAGAAAUAUAAAGAUGACCAAUAUUUACCAAGUGUAAUUACGGAAGAAAGAAGGUUGCUGGCGAUAUAUGGAUCAAAGACAAUUCAUCUUAUUGAAGCCAUUAUUAAAUACGAUACAGACAAGAUAAAACCACCAAGAUGUACAUUCAGUAUAAUAUCAAAGCUACCACCUUUAAAAGAUUGGAUACAUGAUGCACAAUGGUUAUAUGGCAAUUCUAACACUUCCCUAAUUCAAGAGAUAUCUUCUUCUCAAUCAACAUCCAAUCACACAACCAUAAAAUCAAAUAAUCCAUCAGAGUUAGCUGUUGCAUUUGCACACAACUUUGUGGAAAUAUGGAAUGUCCAACAAAUGUGCUGUGUUUAUUCAGUUCAAUGUGAAGAUCUUUGUAUAUUAUGUUCAGCAAGAUUUCUUGGUGAUACAAGGGAUAGUUUAAUAUUAGCAUCAGGAACAGCUUUUAGCCAAGUGAUUUUAUGGAAAAUUACACAAAAGAAUGCGCAGGGUAGAGGUGUUGUGUUUAAGAAACUUAUCGGCCAUGAGGGUUCUGUAUUUGGUGUGAGAUUCAAUGAAAAUGGUAAAAUUAUUGCAUCAGUAUCCGAUGAUAGGACUAUUCGUGUUUGGAAGAUUACAGAUGAAAAUCCCAAACCUUUAGUCCUAUAUGGGCAUAUGGCACGCGUAUGGGAUUGUCUUAUAUUAGAAGACCAUCUCAUCAGUAUUUCUGAGGAUUCGACAUGCCGCGUUUGGCAUAACAGAAUUAAUAAAAGCAUGGAUGAUGAAAGUGAUGUUGAUUGCUUUGCCUGUUGGGAAGGUCAUGUUGGUAAAAAUAUUUGGGGUUUAGCCGUUAAUCCAUCAAAAACAAUUGUGGCAACGGGAGGUGGAGAUUCUGGUAUUCGAUUGUGGUCUUUAUCAUCUGUGACUAAUAAUAAAAUAGAUUCAGAAAAGGAUUUAAUUAAGAUUAUAUUACCACCUGCCGACACCUAUACCCAAUUGAAUGAGACCAAUCAAAUUUCUUUGCCAUCAAGAGAGCACAUUCGCAAUUUUGUUCUCGUAGAUUAUUGUACAAUUGUAAUCGCUACAAAUUUUGGAUACUUGUUAAAACAUAAUCACAUCACUAAUGAGUGGACACCUUUAAAUAGCUCGACUAAUUUGCAAAAUUAUACAAUGAUGAAAGCUUCAAAAUGUGGAAGAAUUGUAUGUUGUGGAAGUAUUGAUGGAAAUGUAUAUGUUGUUAGUGUGAAUAAGGAAUUUAAGGUGUUUGAAAUAUUUUUCGAAGAAUCUUCAGGUUCGAAUUUUAUACUUUGGCAUUUUAUGAUAAAAGAUAAUAACUUAUAUAAUUUUGGUUCUUUAGAUCCUAAUAUCAUUUAUGUAAUAUCACAUGCAGUCCAUAAUGACAUAUACAUUCUUAAAUUGGAAUUAAAUUGUAACAACACAAAUAUUCCUAAAUUUGAAAUUUACCAUAAACUACUUGUUCCACAGAAUUUCUUACUUAUGUCUUUAGCAUUUUGUCCACGCUACAACCUUUUAGUAUGCGGAUCACGAGAAAGCGGGUUAAUAAUAUUUAAAAUGGCGUAUGGCAUUACAGAUAAAGAGCUUGAUAAGUCUUCAAUUGAGCUGUCGCCAGUAAUAUAUCUAAAAGAGACACAUGGAAAACAAGCAGUAACAUCAGUUGCACUAAAAUUUGAUAGUUCUGAGAAUAAUAACAGAGAUGAUUUAUUAACUAUAUACACUUCUGGGAGGGAUGGUGGAUAUGUAAAAUAUAGAUUGAAAUGUUUGCCAACAAUUGGCGAAUCUUAUAACAGUUCUGAGGAAGGCUUUAAGAUAAUGGAAAAUUGUCUCUCUGGUGAUUAUUUGCUAGAAAAGGUUGAGAGUUAUAAAUCACUUUCUAUAAACACUAAUUUAAAUUGUGCGUUUGAAGGGCAAGUAAUUUCAGGAUAUGAUUUAAUAUUGGAAGAAGUUUAUAGAGCAAAAAUUACUAAAGGAUGGAUAGAAGAGGUAAUUCUUGUAGACGAUGAAUUGAUAUUGUUAGGGUUUUACAGGAAGCGAUUUUUUGUAUAUAAUGAUACCAAAAAAUUUGAGAUGCUUUCAAUUGCUUGUGGUGGUGCCCAUCGAGUUUGGCAUUUUAAGGCCCAAGAUAAACGGAUGAAUAAAGCUAGUUUUAUGUUUAUCCAGACUACGAUGACAAAUGAGGGAUUUAAUGAACGAAAAUUACAAGAAAAUUUUCAUGGAAAAGAAUGUAGAAAUGUGAAAUUUUUGCCGUAUCCUCUAAAUGCUUCACAUAAUUAUCAUUCGUUCAAAACUGAUCCAAUUAUAUUUGCAACUGGGGCUGAAGACAGUUUGUUAAGGUUAUUUCAGUACAUACCUGGUGAGAAAGAAAAUCACUUGCUUAGCUUGUGCAGUAUUAAAAAGCAUAGUUCAGUGAUUAAGAACAUAGAGUGGAGUCUUGGCAAUGAACUAUUAUUAUUCUCAUGUGGUGCAAGUGAAGAAUUAACAUGUUGGAAAGUUGAAAUUAAUGUUAUGAAUGACCAAAAAGUACAAAUGCCCUUUGUCAAUGUAAAUUGCCUAGAAUGGGCAUCUUGUCCUGUCGUCAGCGAAGUUCUAGAAACUAGAAUAAUGGAUACAAGCAUUUUUCCAAUUAAUACAAAUAUUGGACAUCAUAUCAUUGCAGCCGUAUAUUCUGAUUCCAUAUUAAGGGUUUGGUUAUUUGACGAAAAGAAAAGAACAUUCUUUUUAAUUGGAAUGGCUAAAUUUCAUAAUAAAUGUAUUUUACAAGUAAAACAUGUGGUUAUUAAAGCAAAGGAAUCAAUGACCGAAGAUGGCAUACUAUUAUUCACAUCAGCAACCGAUGGCAGGGUCGCUAUAUGGGAUAUUUCACAUUACGUUCAUAGCUUUUUAAUUUCAUACGCUACCAAAAUAGCGUUCCAACACCACACACCUUUCGAUCUAGGCACACCCAUUUUCUCAUACCAAGCGCACCAAUCCGGAGUAAAUUGUCUCGCACUUCAUCACAUGACUAAUCCUGCUACUUCUAACUUCAUAAUAAUUGUAACUGGCGGUGAUGAUAAUGCUAUAGCUGCUUUAGUUUUGGAAUUCACAUAUAAUGAAGUCAAAGGAAUGGAUUGUGGUAUGAAACGUGGAAAAUGGACCGUGGAACAAUGCAUAAAUGAUAUUUUGAAAAUGGAUGUUGCACACGGAUCGUCCAUUCAAGGUAUACACAUGGUAAAUGACACGACAAUACUUAGUACGUCAAUUGAUCAGCGAUUAAAUUUAUGGAACAUUACGUUUAAUAAUUUAUUCAAUGACAAAAUAAAUAAGAAUGAUGAAAGUAAAUUUGAGUUGAUUAAAUCGGAAUUUGUUAAUGUUUGCGAUCCAUGUUGUAUGGAUGUUUUAAAAAUUAAUAGUAGAAAUGAUAAAACAAACAAAUUAAUGGUGUCCAUUAGGUCGCAUCGCAUAGAUGCGGUUGCUGUCACGG